AUGGCUUCCAACAGACAAUAUGACCUGGUCCUCCUGGGCCCCACUGGCUAUACGGGUCGCUUCUGCUCAGAGCACAUCGUCAUGAACCUCCCAACCGAUUUGAAAUGGGCGAUUGCAGGUCGUUCGCCACAGAAGAUCGAGCCUAUCGCCGACGAGCUCAAAAAGCUUAACUCGGAUCGCGUUCAGCCUGAUGUCCUUGGUGUCCAGCUCAACUCGACCGAGUUGAACGAGCUGGCGCAGAAGACUAGGCUCAUCAUCAAUUGCAUUGGCCCCUACCACCUGUAUUCGACUCCGGUGGUUGAGGCCUGUGCUGCGCACGGCACCCACUAUGUUGAUGCGACUGGCGAGACCCCGUGGGUCAAGCUGAUCAUCGACAAAUAUCACGAAAAGGCCAAGAGCAACGGCGCGAUUAUCAUUCCCUCGGUUGGCGUCGAGAGUGCCCCAGCAGACAUGCUAGCCUGGGCACUAGUCAAGCAUGUCCGAGAAGAACUCGCAUCCCAGACUAGGGAGAUUGACUGCUGCAUCAAGGAGAUGAAGACCUCCGGCGCCAGCGGCGGCACUCUCAACACCGUCCUCAGCAUCUUCGACUGGCUCCCAUCCUCCGAGCUAAUGAAAUCAAUGACCCCCUUCGCUCUCGCAGCAUCCACUCCACCCAAGGACAUCCCCCGCGACUCCAUCAUCAACAAGCUCUUCGGCGCACGCUGGAUCCGCGAUCUAGGCACGGUGACUACCUCCCCCUCCGGCAUCGCCGACAUCACCAUCGUCCACCGAAGCAGCACGCUAAUGCCCGAGCUCUACGGCAAACGCUUCUUCUUCCGCCAAUUCCUGCACGUGCGCAACUCACUCAUCGGCGUCGCCGUGCACGUCGGUUUCCUGAUUGGUAUCUCGCUGCUCAUGAUCCCGCCUGUUCGCACGCUGGUUCGGAGAUUCAUUUUCGCGCCGGGACAGGGUCCAACCAUGGAGGCGUCGAAGAAUGAUCGUCUUGAGUAUCAUGCUGUGGCGACGGCUGAUCAGGAGGGUCCCUCUCCUAAGCGCGUCUUUGGCAAGUUUACUUAUCACGGGAGCAUGUACGUUUUGACGGGCUUGUUGCUGGCUGAGGCCGCGAUGACUAUUCUCCAGGAGGAGGAGAAGGUGAAGAAGGUUUCUCGUGGUGGUAUCGUGACAUCGGCUACUUUGGGUCAGGAGUUUGUUGAUCGUAUUGAGAAUGUGGGGUGCCGCAUUGAUACGAAGACUUUCCAGUAUUAG